UAUCGCCAGACUUGGAUUUUUGUACAGGAGAGUUACGGUCUUUGUUCACCUGGUAAAUAAACACUAGGUACCCUAUAACUACUGGAUUUGAGGCGAUUCUUCCGAGGAACUUAUUGCUGAGACACAGAUACAGCGGAAAUCUCUUCACAGUUUAGUGAGGCAUGGGGAACAGUUGCUGAAGAGACAAAACAACUUUAAACUUGAAGUUGAUCUCGAAACCCUGGUUUUUCUAUGGUUGGAAUAUACCAACAAGCUACGUGGCAAGUGGUGUAGUCUUCAGGUUUCUUCUCUUUCUGAGGUAAAGAGGUCAUUCGUGAUACAUUCUGGUAGAGGGAAGCUGCCAGAAAGUUGUGAUGACAAGGAAAAUGUUGGAGUACCAAAAAUCAGCCAUUCUCGAAUAUCCGUAGCACCAAAAGCGUUGUCCUUGGCUGCGAUCCGAAUAUCAGAUGGAUCCUCAGUUAGCAUCAAGCAUCGAAGUUUCAGCGCCCAGGUCUGCUGCCUGCCUCCCAGUCCAGAGAGUCAUGGCUGGUAUGACCUUGGAAUAGAGUCACCUCAGAAGCAGACGCCAAGCAUGGAACCCGUUCAGAAGGUCGAGUUGAGUGAAGGUGCUUUCGAAAUCGGGCUGGUGACGCCAGAAAAGAAAGAUGGGAAGUUUCUGCAGGUGCUAGAGGAGUGGGGCGACCUUGACCUGCCGACUGGACCGAAGCGCCGCAAGAUGAACGGAGACACGCCGAGUUCGAUCCUCAGCAGCCGAUCGGGAUCCCCGUCACUUUUCGAGUGGUGCGAUGACAGUCGGAGCAGCACGCCAGGUGGGUCCCCGGCCCCUCGGACGCUGGCUGAGUUCAAGAAGUACUACCGCAAGGAUGAGCUAUGGAAGGCCAUCGAGCCGUCUUACCAAUACCUGAUGGACAAGGAGAUUAUCGAGACGUGUCGGUCGACUGAGAGUGAUCUUUCUCUCGAUGAAGACGACCAUUUCGCUGGUGGCACCAAUAUUUCGUUUGAUGAGUUUCUCGAGCAGUAUCGAGAUCUCACUGAGUGGUUGCGCCAAAUUCAGGUUGUCACGCAGAGAAAGACCAUGAGUCUGUCGGAGAAGUAUCUCAUCUAUCAGUUCGGUGAAGUAUUGUCGGAAAAAGUUCCACGUCGGAAGUUCUUGAUUGACUACGCCAAGCAGUUGUUGUGCCGUUACCCACACAUGAAUGACGAGAUCAACUCGAUGACGACGUUUCUCAACAACCAGUGGCAUGAGGUGGAGUCCGCCAUUGUGCCCUCCUCCGACUACACUCGGCAGACCAUGAUCACAGACCUGCAGGCUGAUCUAAACUGUUUGAGGAAGUGGCUCUACAAAGUUGAGAAGGAGUUGCUGCCCCUUGUUGUUCGACCAGAAUGGUCACAUCCUUUCAUCAAGGAGAAGCUGAAAGAACAUCAGGUUCUGCAACAGGAGAUUGAGUCACACUCACAGAUCGUCUCCGUGGUUAUCCAGCUGAGCGAGCAGCUCCAGAAUGGUGCCACAGAAUCGAGUGAUCGCUGCGAGUCUCUGUCUCACGUGGCCAACGGUCUGCAGCGGCGCUGGCACGGCAUCUGGUUGCAGUCGCUAGAGUGGCAGUACAAGUUAGAGGAGACUCUUGAAAAGAAGGAUCUUCCCAGUGUUCCAUUCAAUGUAGGACACACGCUUCCAUCCCUGGAUGAACUUGACACCCCUGACUAUGACAGCCAGUCCCCGAACUCCGGCGGCCGAUCUCCGCGGUCUUGGCGAGGGGACCUGAGUGGUGAGGGAUACGAGGAGCUGGAUGACAGUCUCCUGUACCUGGGCCGGCGCUCUGACCUCGUUAGAGACACACCCAACCACCUCGACGUCAGCUACGGCAGCCUCUGCAAGAGGGCUUACCUCGACAAGAGCAGUGGAGACAGCGCCAACAUCAGCGAGGCCGAAUCCAAGAUGGAGGAUUCCCUGUCGGCAGACAAUGCCAGCAUCGUCGUGUCGCACAGCAGUGAGAGUGAGAUGGACGUCGUCCAGAGGGUUCUAUUCAAAACAGAAAACAGAGACAUAGGAUACAGUAGUGAAAGUCACUCCAACGAUGAGACGGAGCUGAUGCGUAUUCACAGCAUGUUGGAGAACCGGUACCCAGGGAAGUGUGAGGUUGCCAGCGACUCUCCCUGCAGUGACCGGAGUCCGCUCACCGAGAGGAAACACGUGAACUUCAACAGCAGACACAACAACUACUACAUGUACAGCAUGGUACCCGUCGACAUCGAAUCUACCGACAAGACAACGGACGAGGAUGUGGUGGGCUCCAACAAUGGGAAGCUGGACAGCUUCCCAGCCGCUGUGACAGUGAGCAGCAAGGAGGAGGUGCCCAUGGAGAAGUUCACCUGCUCCGUGAAUUCUGGACGGAUGGAUCUGGAGAUUGACGACACACUGAAAGCCUUUCUGAACGGAGGCUCGAGUAGCCAGUCGUCUGAGGUGGAAGGAGGAACCGACCCUCAGGAGAAGAUAAAGAUUCUGAUAGAAAAGGUAGAAGAUCUGGUGAGAACGAGUCCGGUGAAGAUUGGGGUGGUUCCAUCGCCGGUCAAGGAAGUGCGGUCCAUCGGCUGUAACACUGUGAGUUCGUGUGAUGCCAGCGGGGAGGAGGCUAGCUGUGAGGAGACCGACGACCACAAUAGUGAGGAUGACGAGUUCUCCACCGCCAGUGAUGACAUCGGCACCACGGCCACUGAUGACAACACGGAGACCCUGUUUGACAGCGUCAUCGGUCUGGAUUACACAUCUGAUUCCAAGAACACCAGCUACGAGAAUGUGUCCUUCUCUCAGCAAACUGCGGAAGUGCUGAACAAUGUCCGACUGAGGGACCAGAUGGGGCCGAGGAAGCUGAAAGACCGUCCAUGGAGUGUUAUAGAGAUGCAGGAAUUCACGAAAAUGUUGGACUCGCAGCCAUAUUCCACCUCUGAAAGUGCUAUUGAUCGUAUCACCCAUUCCCCAUCGAAACAUAAAUCACAGUUUUUAUACCCCGAAAGAGCAGCAACAGUGCCACGGCAGAAGCAUGCCCCCCAAACUUUCCAACGAUCUCUUUCAAUGUCUGAGCAGACAUCUCCGAGAGCAGCUAAGCGCAAACUGCGAUACUCGUCCACACAAAACAAAACGUCCGCUGUGUCUGGCGCAGACUCAAAUGUUUCAGUGCCUUCCAUUGAGUGGAGUAGCGAGGAUGAUGUAGCACACCCGGUCAGCGAGACGGACGAUAUGGUGGACAGGUUUCAGUUAACCCAGGUCAAGUCCAGCAGUGGGGCAUCCUCCAGUAGCUGCGAGUCUGACACGUCAGAUGAUUAUCUCACUCCACCCAUGGAUCCCCCAACAUCCGAGAAUGAAGACAUUCUCAACAGUACUGGUUCAUUUUCCGAGAACGCGUGGGAUAAUUAUCAGGCCCCGUUGUACCCGAGUGUGAGCGAGGAUCUGACUGAGGAGAAAAUACACUGGGAGCCCAUCGACGAGAUGGAGUUUGAUGAAGAGAUCCACUUGGACGGGCAUCGGUCUAGCAUUCUGGGUGAUGCCAUCGCAAAACGAGCCACGUCGGAGAAGCGCAAGGCUAAAUUGACGAUGGCGGGAUCGGGUCACCAUGAUGACAGUGACUCUGACAUGGAGGAUUUCCACUACAUUCUAGAUCAGUCGUGCAUGCAGCUCAAACUAGCUGACCAGUCACUGAAGAAGAAACGAAAAAAUUCCAUGGGCACCCAUCUUCACCUCACCCCAGCUAAAUAUGCUGAGAUCAUAGCAACGUGUGAGACAAACAUCCGAUGUCUGAAAAGUAUCUCAGCCCACCUCGACUCCAAGGAUGUCACAGAGAAAGAUGUUCUCAAGAUGCAGGAUUUGCUGUAUCAGUGGGAGAAGUUGCAGGCUCUGGCAUCCGAGAGGCAGGUGCAGUCCACCCAGCUGGCAUCCAUUUUGUCAUCAAUGUCGGCCAUUAAAAAGAGGCAGCAGGAAGUAGCAACAUAUGUUCACACUAAGAAGUUCAGUUCUGCUAAGGAGCUGGAGGCACUUGUUGAAAAAUUGAAGGAGCAGCAGGUGAGUCUGGAGAAAGAGCAGCAGGCCACCAGUGAAGUAGCGGGGAUGCUGGAGGAGUUUGGAGAGCAGUAUCCUGCCAUCCCACUCAAGAAGUUCAUUGAAGAGCUGGCUGACAUAGAGGAAGCUAAUAGUCGCCUUCAAAUCAGUGUGGUGCUACAGUUGUCCGAGCAAAGUGCAAUGCUUAAGAACUGGUAUAAAUACCUCGAGUGCCGUCAUGAACUUGAAAGUCUUGUUUCUCAAGAUAGAGAGCGCCUGCAGAAAUUAGUAUGUCAGCGAGAUAAUGGCCGACGUGUUCAACACAAGGAUUUAAUUGCAGAACUAGAGAAUCUACAGGGCAGUUUAGGACUUUAUGAGUGUAAGCUAGAAAACAUCCAGUCAUUGCGAUGUGAGCUGCAGAGUUCUUCUGAUGAGGAAACCCAGAAAGACUUCCUUGCAUCACUGGCGGACCUGCGUAACCAGCUGUUUGUGUUCACGAAGACGUGCCGUGAGACGAAGCGUGACGUGGAGGAUGAGGAGGAUCUUGGGUUAGAGGAGACACAAAUCGGACAACUCGCCAUGUCCGCGGCAACCCUGCGCGAAAAGAUCAUUAGGAGAAACAAGCUAGACCCUGAAGAUUUGUCGUACCAGGUGAUCUCCAAACAUUCAAGGGACACCACUUCACGUUCCUGGCUUCGAUCCGCACCUCUGCAGUUCACUGCCCUUGCUUUACUAGCAGGAAUGGUGUACUUAAUGGACUCUGAUAUUGUAGACAAGUUCUUCAAUUUCUCAAUACGUAUUUCACCCGAACUGAGAUACGUCAAUGGUCCACCUCCAUUCUGAAGAUAUCUACCCGGUAUAUUGCACAGUAUAUAAUACUUAAAGAAAGGCAACUGUCCAGCAGUUGACAAAGGUAUAGCAGCUAGGCCCUCGAACACUGGUUGCUGAUGCAGGCCCUGGAUAAGGGGAGAUAAACAAGAAUGUAAAUAGCAUGGUCAAGCAAAAGAAAGUCCAGACGUCCUGAAUGGUGACAUACAGAGAAUGCAACGUAAUGUACAUAGCACUAAGGGAAUCUUAUUGCAUAAUACCAGUGAUCAGGCACAGAAGAGCUGGUAGUGUCUAAAGGACAUCAAAUUAAAUGGCAUCAGGCCUAAGAGUCUGAAGUUGGCAUGAUUCUUAUUGGAUCUUUUGAAGUAGGCACCUACUUGAUGGACAGUAGGGUAUAUCGGUUGAAAUUGUUGGGGGAGGGGAUAGACUUUGGUGUAAUGCCAAAAACUACAUUGAUCUAAUAAUAAAAAUGGAGUGCUAAAAUACAUGAAGAUCAUGUCAUUAGAAUGUGGGAUGAACGUUGUAGAGAAAUAAUUAUUUCUAAUAUUAUUACAGAUAGUGCCUAUUGGAAAUCAGUUCACUCUUGUAAUUACAGCGUACAGAAAUCUCUCGUUUGUGGGAAGAGAUGUGUUGAUUUGUUAUAUCUGUGUACAGUUAUGGCUUUGAAAAAUCAAUGAUUAGACAAGUUGCUGUCAAUAGUUUAAAGAUAAUCAGUAAUAUGUUUUUGGCACCAAAUUUAUAGACCAAUAAGCAUCACAUGAGGUCAAACUAUUUGAAUUUGGAAAAAAAUAUUGGAAGUGUUUUCAUAGUAUACAGAAGGAUCUUGUUUGUUACAAAAAUGUGUGUUACACAUUUUACAGUUGGUCAAGCAAUUUAAAAAAAAAAGACAUUUAAAACUGGCAAUUAUUAUGUUUUGUUGAGAAACUCUUCAUAUGGGUAAUACAUGUAUAUUAUUGUUUCAGUAUGAAAAAUUACCAUAUACUAAAUACAUUAUAAUGUCUUUAAGUUUGGUGCCAAAAAAUAAUUGCCUGUAGUCCGUCCCAUCAUUCCACAAAAAUUAUUUUUGUAAAUACUUUUAGUUUGAUUUGAUGUAAAAAAAAUAAAAAUAAUAAUAUUUUGGAAAUAAAAUACAAAAAUUAGUUUUGUGUGAAUUUAGAAAACAUUUGGCUCGUAAAUAAAUAAAGUGUUUGAAAUGUUCUAAUAUGAGAAAAGGCAUUCCCUGUGGGACGGACUAUAAAUGGAUUUGCCAAUUCUUAGCUUUUUAACUUCCUUAUGGCUAAGAGUAACAUAUCCUUGCCAUUUUCCUCUAUUUCAGAUAAUAGGGUUUUUUAAAUAAGUGAAUAUUUAUGUACAAAUAGCAUGCUGUGCUCUAGAACAUGAGUUUAUAUCAUUGUUCACAGUAUAUCAGGGAUGUGAUACUAAGCAGUAAAAAAAAAUUAAAUGAUUCUUUUUUUAAAGCUGGAAUAUCUGUACCAUACCAAGUAAAGGUAACUUUUUAAGAAUCAAAUCCAGUCUAUUUUGUGAAAACUAUUUUAUGCAAAUAAAGCUGAAAUCGGACAAAAAGCUGAAAAUUCACAUCCCUGUAUAUGUACAUAAUCUGGUAUUAUGUAUUGGUAUAUUAGAGAUUUGAUAUUAUGUAUUAGUAAUGAUUUACUCUGACAGAUACAAAUGAAACUUGGUACGUGGACAGUAGAUCAGAAUGUUUUUAACUGUGCAUUCAGAAUCUGCAUUCACUUUAAGUUGGGUGUUAUUAUAACCUAACAAUGUAAAAUAUAGUCAGAUCUGUCAUAAAACCUAGAUUUAAUGUAAAUAUCAAAAUGAUUUAUACCAAACUCAAUGAUAGGUCGGUUAUUACAAAUACCUGUAUUGUCGCAUUGUAUUAUGUCGACUGUAUAAAAAUACAAGGUUUUGUUAAACGUUCUUAAGCUGGUGUGUUAAUAAACAUGAGAGAAAGGACA